AUGUCCGAAGUUCAAAAAAUCAACAGCCCUGACAGGCCGGCAGGACCUAUGUAUUCACAUGCGGUGAAGAUCCCGGGCCUUAUCUUCUGCAGUGGACAAACUCCUAUGGAUAGUACAGGCAACGUUGUGCCAGGGGACAUAAAAGCCCACACUGCAAGUUCAUCAUGUCACAGAGUCUGCGACCUAACAUUUAAGCUCUUCCCGCAGGCUCAAUGCGUCUCUAACUUGACUGACGUAUUGAAAGCUGCUGGUUCAUCAUGGGAAAAUGUGGUGAAAGUAAAUGUUUACCUCAGGAGCAUGGACGACUAUGCAGCCAUGAACGAGGAGUAUAUUAAGCUUCUCCCUGACCCUAAGCCGGCUCGUACGUGCAUCCAAGCUGGAAAGUUGCCUUUCGAUGUGGACAUAGAGAUCGAAGCGAUUGCUGCAGUUUGA